AUGGAGCGGACCCAGUCCCAGCGGCAUGGAGGUGAACAAAGCUGGUGGGGUAGUGCCCCCCAGUACCAGUACAUGCCCUUUGAACAUUGUACCAGCUAUGGACUGCCCUCAGAGAAUGGGGGCCUUCAGCACCGACCCCGAAAGGACGCAGGUCCUAGGCACAAUGCCCACCCAACACAGAUAUAUGGCCAUCACAGAGAACAAUAUUCAUAUAAGGAACAGGACAAGGGCAUGCCCAAGAAGAUGGGCUCCAGUUCUACCAUGGACAACUUGGAUGAGGACCACUAUUCUAAAUGUCAAGAUUGUAUCCACCGCUUGGAACAUGUGGUCAGAAGGAAGCUUGGGGAAGACUGGAUCUUUCUUGUGCUCCUGGGCCUUCUGAUGGCUCUUGUCAGCUGGUGCAUGGACUAUGUUAGUGCCAAGAGCCUUCAGGCCUACAAGUGGACCUAUGCCCAGAUGCAGCCCAGCCUUCCUCUGCAGUACUUGGCUUGGGUCACAUUCCCACUUAUCCUCAUCCUCUUCAGUGCCCUCUUUUGCCAGCUCAUCUCUCCCCAGGCUGUGGGCUCUGGAAUCCCUGAGAUGAAGACAAUUCUUCGUGGUGUUGUCUUAAAGGAAUACCUUACAAUCAAGGCCUUUGUAGCCAAGGUGGUGGCCUUGACUGCUGGACUGGGCAGUGGCAUCCCUGUGGGGAAAGAGGGUCCCUUUGUUCACAUUGCCAGCAUUUGUGCUGCUGUCCUCAGCAAGUUUAUGUCCGUGUUCUGUGGUGUCUAUGAGCAGCCAUACUAUUACACUGACAUCCUGACAGUGGGCUGUGCUGUGGGGGUCGGCUGCUGUUUUGGAACACCACUUGGAGGAGUGCUGUUUAGCAUCGAGGUCACCUCUACCUACUUUGCUGUUCGGAAUUACUGGCGAGGAUUCUUUGCAGCCACGUUCAGUGCCUUUGUGUUCCGUGUCCUGGCAGUGUGGAACAAGGAUGCUGUCACCAUUACCGCUCUGUUCAGAACUAAUUUCCGAAUGGACUUCCCCUUUGACCUGAAGGAACUCCCAGCUUUUGCUGUCAUUGGGAUUUGCUGCGGGUUCUUGGGAGCUGUUUUCGUUUAUCUGCAUCGCCAAGUCAUGCUCGGUGUCCGAAAGCACAAGGCUCUCAGCCAGUUUCUUGCUAAGCACCGCCUGCUCUAUCCUGGAAUUGUUACCUUUGUCAUCGCCUCACUCACCUUUCCACCAGGAAUGGGUCAAUUCAUGGCUGGAGAGCUGAUGCCCCGUGAAGCCAUCAGUACCCUGUUUGACAACAACACAUGGGUAAAGCACAUAGGUGACCCCAAAAGCCUGGGCCAGUCAGCUGUGUGGAUUCACCCCCAGGUCAAUGUGGUCAUCAUCAUCCUUCUCUUCUUCGUCAUGAAGUUUUGGAUGUCCAUUGUGGCCACCACUAUGCCUAUACCCUGUGGAGGUUUCAUGCCUGUUUUUGUGCUAGGAGCUGCAUUUGGAAGGCUGGUUGGAGAGAUUAUGGCCAUGCUGUUCCCUGAGGGUAUCUUAUUUGAUGACAUCAUCUACAAGAUCUUACCGGGGGGGUAUGCAGUAAUAGGAGCAGCGGCCCUGACAGGGGCUGUCUCCCACACAGUCUCCACAGCUGUGAUUUGCUUCGAGCUAACCGGUCAGAUUGCUCACAUCCUGCCCAUGAUGGUGGCUGUUAUCUUGGCCAACAUGGUGGCUCAGAGCCUGCAGCCCUCCCUCUAUGACAGCAUCAUUCAGGUCAAGAAGCUUCCCUAUUUGCCUGACCUUGGUUGGAAUCAGCUCAGCAAAUUUACCAUCUUUGUUGAGGACAUCAUGGUACGUGAUGUGAAGUUUGUCUCAGCUUCUUGCACAUAUGGGGAACUGAGAAACCUACUCCAGAGCACCACAGUCAAGACUUUACCAUUGGUUGAUUCAAAAGAUUCAAUGAUCCUGCUGGGCUCUGUGGAACGCUCAGAACUGCAGUCCCUCCUGCAGCGCCACUUGUGUGCUGAGCGGAGGCUGAGGGCUGCCCAGGACAUGGCUCGCAAGUUAUCGGAGCUGCCCUAUAAUGGCAAGGCACAGCUGGCUGGGGAGUGGCACCCUGGUGGUCGACCUGAGUCCUUCGCCUUUGUAGAUGAGGAUGAAGAUGAGGAGCUCUCCAGGAAGACAGAGCUUCCACUUCCUCCUCCUUCACUUCCCUCCUUUCCUGCUGUUCCAUCAUACCCUGAAGAACCUAAUGGGCCGCUGCCUAGCCACAAACAGCCACCUGAAGCCCCGGAUCCCGCAGGUCAAAGACCAUCCAUCUUCCAGCGCCUGAUGCACUGCUUAUUGGGCAGAGGUCACUCCACAAAGAAGAAAGCAACCCAGGAUUCAACAGAUUUAGUGGAUACCAUGUCACCUGAAGAGAUUGAGGCCUGGGAGCAGGAACAGCUGAGCCAGCCUGUGUGCUUUGAUUGCUGCUGCAUCGACCAGUCUCCUUUCCAGCUGGUGGAACAGACAACUCUGCACAAGACUCAUACGCUCUUCUCACUUCUUGGCCUUCAUCUUGCCUAUGUGACCAGCAUGGGAAAGCUCAGAGGUGUCUUGGCACUGGAAGAGCUACAGAAGGCUAUUGAAGGCCACACCAAAUCUGGGAUACAGCUCCGCCCUCCUCUUGCCAGCUUCCGGAAUACAACUUCAACUCGGAAGAGUCCUGGGGGACCACCCCCUCCUGCAGAGGGCUGGAAUCUGCCUGAGAGUGGAGAUGGGGCUCCUGAAACAGAAGCCAUGGCUCCUGCCAUGCCAGAGACUCCUAUACUGCUACCAUCUCCAGAGGUCCCUUCCUGUCUGGCCCCAGCCAGAGUGGAGGGUGAGCUAGAGGAGCUGGAGAUGGUGGGGAGCCCAGAGCCUGAGGAGGACCUGGCUGACAUCUUGCAUGGCCCCAGCCUGCGGUCCACUGAUGAGGAGGAUGAGGACGAGCUGAUCCUGUGAACAACCCCCUCCAAGCUUUCUUCAUAAAACCCAUAGGGCCCAUGCCAGAGAGUGGGCUUAUGUGUGAUAGGGAUGCCCUGAAGUUGGGAAGGCCUCCACUUCAUCUUGUUCCUUCCCCCACUAUGAAAGGUGAUGGUGAUGCUCUUAAGGAAAACUUGAUCUUGGGCAGGGAAGAAUUUGGGUCCAUCAGAUGCCCUCCCCCUUUUCCAGGCAGGAUUCAAGGCCCCAUCCUUAAAGGACCUGUGUUUUCCUGCUGUGCAGGUUCAGCCCCCAUCACUGUUUAACCUCCCACAGUUCCCAGUCUUGUUCAUUUACCAUCCUGGCCCUGCCUAUCUAGACUUCAGUGUCUACAAGGAAUAGGUGAGUGGAGGCCCAGAUUGACUGACUCUGCAAAUGUCACACUGGAAGGGAAUGUGGGACCACAAUAUUGCCCUGUAGACUGAACGCCAUACAAUUUACCCCCAAGCCUCACAGCCUUACUCUUUACCUGUCUGCUCCACACAAUUUGUUCCUAGAACCCUGCUGGGGCAGGGCUAAAAAUGCCAAUCCUUGUUUCCAAAGAACCAAGUGCAGUUCCCUGGAAAAGAGGUUGAUGGAGGUUCUGUGUGGAGAGACCAGUGUCAUGGCCCAGUGCAGUGUCUGUCUACUACAGCAGAAAGCUCUUAUCCCAGGCUCUCUGCCUGAUUUCAUACAUAUCCCUCUUGCCUGCUGCAAACUGCUGACUUAGCCUGCCAAGAGUCAGCCUUGCCUUGGGGCCACUCUUACUGGAACUCCUCCCAAAGCACACCCAUCCAGCAAUGGGUCAUGCAGAUUCCAGAUCUUUAUAAUAGUUCCUUGGGUUCCUCUGGCAUAGACUUGGGGGCACCUUGGGGUGGCAAGCUUUCAUUUGCCCCCUUAGAGGACUUCCAUCUUUUUCUUCCAAACUAGCAAGGAGCUUGUUAGUUGUACUGCACAGCAUUAGUCUGUUUCACCGCAAAAGAGAUGCCAGAUGUUCUGAGCAUCCAGAUGCCCUGGCUCCAUUCCUGGGCUCUUUUCCUUUCCUCACUAUGUGCCUUUAACUCUGCAGUUGAGCCCUCAGACAUUCUCCUUCUUUUCCUCCCCUUGCCCAGGCCUCUUCUGUCCCCCCAAAUAAGACACUCAUAGUCAGAGAUGCCACCACGUUCUGUUUAGUGUCAUUGAACACAGACUCUGGCCUUCUCCAACACAGGUACCUUCCACCACCCCAGGCCAAGAAAGACACUGAGGCCUAGGUAGGAGGAUUAGCAGCAGGCAUCCAAGCCUAUGCCCAUGUGUAAAUAAUCUAUAAUACUUAUAUAUAUAUAUAUAUAUUUAUAUAGAAUUCUCUCUGUAAUAUAUGUCAUAGAAUCCUUCUUGGGCCUGGGGUGAGAGUUUCACAUUAAGAAAACAUGCUAAGACUGACCAUAAAAAUGGGUAUUUCUCAGACCUGGAAGACGGAAUGUGGGAUAUAUAGGGUCAAGGAUAAGAACUCGUCCUUCAAGAUUCCCUCCUUAACACAAAAGAAGGGAGGUGUGUGAUCUGGGGGAGGGCCAUGGAAGGGGUGGAAUGGAAGGUUUGGAUUUUCAUUUAAUAAAGUCUUUUGAAAAUGAAACUGUACCCCCCCCCUAAAAAAAUCAUUCAGCAAGAGCAGUUUCAUUCACAAGAAUAUUAAAAAAACAGCCCUGCUCCCCAGCUGCUGUAAAACGUGCUACACAAAAGAAAAAGCAACCCUUCCCACCCACCCC